UCCACCGCAUAAUAACCUCUCAGGUAACUUGUACAGGACUCUCUUGACCAUAGCAAACAACAGAAAUAAUGGUGGUACUGGCUGCAGGUAUUGUUAAUAGAGGCGGAAAAGCUGUGUUGUCGCGUCAAUUUCGCGAUAUGUCCAGAACCAGAGUCGAGAGUCUUCUUUCUACGUUUCCUGGAUUAAUUUCUAAGGGAACUCAACACACGAGUGUUGAAACGGAAAACGUUCGGUUUGUUUAUCAGCCAUUGGAUGAAUUGUAUAUGGUUCUUAUUACGAAUAAGCAAUCCAACAUUCUUGAGGAUAUUGAGACGCUACAUCUUUUCAAUCAGGCUGUCACUUCUAUGUCUAGCACUGCUGAUGAGCGUGAUAUAUUGGAGAACGCAUUUGAAAUUCUCUGUGCCUUUGAUGAAAUCACAAGUCUGGGUUAUCGUGACAACGUCUCGCUUUCACAGAUUAAAAAGUAUCUUGAAAUGGAGAGUCAUGAAGAGAAAAUUCAAGAAAUUGUUUCUAGAAACAAAGAAUUGGAAGCCAACGAGGAGAGAAAACGGAGAAUCAAGCAACUGGAGUUACAGCGCAAAGAGUCCUCUCGUCGUGGUUUUGGAAGCGAUAGUUACGAAAGCGGAGGCUAUCAAGCCGUUUCAAACCCUGUUACCGCGGAGGUGAAGGAAGAAGUUAUGGAUUAUUACUAUACAUCCUCUGAACGUACCGCACCUGGACCCAAGGUGAAGGGAAUGCAGCUCGGCAAAAAGGGCAGAUCCAACCUGUGAACGUAAAUGGAUAUCAAUUGCAUGUUAACGCAUCCGCCUGGUGCCUCUAUGUGACCUUGUUUGAGCUGCACCGAUAAUGAAUUGGGCCAUCUGAAACUCGCUAUUGAGAUUAGAUUGUUACGAAAUCGACCUAUCGCCGUUGGGCCAAUGAUGAACGCUCGGGUGUGCAAAAGGUCCACAAAUAUUAGUACAGCAAUGCAUUUCCCUGACCAUACCUUUAUUCUCUGUGUGGAAAGCUGUGGUUUGGGAUUUAUUACGGUAAUAGAUAGUGAUACAUGUGCAGCAAUGUCUGAUGGCUAGCCGCUUUUAAUGAUGUGAUGAGGGUGGAAAGCACGCACAUAUACAGUUCGGGUGAAUUAUAUAAACAGAAAGAGUAACUGAACAGAUGAAAAC